GCCUGGUUUACGACCUGGCUUAAAUUGAUAAUUUUAUUAUUAUGAAAUAAAAUAAAUAAAAUUUCUUGUUUUGCCUUAUCAUUUUAUACAAACUUGCACUUAAAUUGUCAAAUAAUCAUGACCAUGUUGGUCGUGUGAUUUCACCAUAGUGAUGUUGAUCAUAUGAUAUUUCAUAUUUUGCUUCGAUUUUCCUGAACUGUACAAGGCUAUUCACAUUUAGUAAUUCGUCGUCGCUUGUUUAGGUUGCGUGUGUAUAAUAUCUUUGUCAGUUAUUUUUUUAUACACCGCUAACCUUGUAACAAGUACCUAUUAUUUACUUAUAGAAUCAACAAUUUAAAUAAAAAAUCCGAAUCUUAUUGGCCACGAUGCUAAAGAGUGCUUCUAAAGUGACAAUAAAUACUGGAAACGUGCUUAAUUUGAUUGAUAUCAAGAAAAAAGCUGGACAAAAUGUCACAGAAGAGUUAUCAGAGAGUAUUAAACUCACGCUAUCUGAAUGGAGCUCUCAGAACGGUUUGCCAGUCCAGAACGGAUUCGCUUCUCCCGCCGAGCAAGUUCAGGGAUCCAGAGAGCAGUCUAACUACAUGGUAGUGUCCACAUCGACGCCCAGGGAAGCUGUCAUAAACAUAACCAGACCUCACGAUGAUGUUCAAAACAAAAUGGCCGAAGAGGAACGGAAGAAUUUGAAGAUUGGCGUUAAAAUAUUCAUUAACGAAGACAGCACGAGUUCUUUAACUGAGUGUUUGGAAAAUGUGUUCACGGCACUCCAUACUGAGUAUAUAGAUAACGUGAUCCUGGCUUACAACCCUGACAUAUUGCAUAUCAACGAAGCAACAGACGAGACCAAUUUAAAGAGUACGCACGCGACCAAGGCGUCACCGAUAUCGCAAGGUAGCAAUAUAGCACGCAUGCCCAGUACAGAACUAGAGGCCGAUAGUGAGGCGGACGCGCGAAAGUGUGAGGCAAUAUUGCCCGGCAUUAAAGUACUAUGGGCUGUUCUAGAGGAUUACGUCAAACAAGGACGCGUGCAUCAGCUGGGAGUGGCAGACGUGGGCGGCGGCUGCUUGCGACGGUUGCACGCGUGGGCGCACGUCCGACCCGCCAUCGCUCAAAUCAACCUCGCGUCCUGCUGCGUCGUACCGCCUGCAUUGCACGAGUUCUGUCGCGCCAACGAUGUGCAGUUGCUCACGCAUGGUGACCCGCCAGAUCUCCUGUCCUUAGCGGCUGUGAAGACGCUAUCUGACGCAGGAGUAGGUUGUAAUAACCUGGACUGGUGUGCAAGAUACCAGGUUCAUAUAAAAUGCAGAGGCGUGCUAGCACUCAAGGGGUACGUUUGUAAGGCGACGCUAGGGAACAAGGACGAUGCCAUAGAAUAGAGAAAGAUAGGUUGUUCGAUCUUAAGUUAAAGAUAAAAAAUUCUGCUGUUAAAAUAUAAAAAAAAAAAAAAACUUUAUUUUUACGUACAGUGUACGGGUGAGUUGUUUGAAAAAUUGUUAAAGAUUAAUCUUCUUUUUUUUUUUUAUCGAAGAUCUUUUUUUUAUUGAAAGGUUGUAUUACUUGCUUCUAUAUUUUAAAUUCUUUAUAUUUUUUAAUUAUCAAGAAUAGAUGUGUUGGGACAGAAAUGAAAGUGACGUGGCAACUUAAAAUACUUUCUGCAUCAUCAAAAUCUAUAAAAACCGCUGCCUCAUAUCAUUUUUGCUAUUUUAUUUACUAAAUUUAAAGAAACAUUUAGUUCGUAAUAUUUGAUUUCGAUCGUGUUAAACAAAAAAAGUAAAAAAAGAUUAUCUACGAUUUUUUUAAUUAAAAAAUGGAUUUUUCAUUAAAUUAAAUAAUUUAAUUUAUUCUAUUUAUCUGAUUUACAAGAAUCGGCCUUGUUUUUAUUUAUUGUAACUAUGUGUGACUGAAUUAUGUUUGGCUUGACAAUGCAAUUUUGUAUGCAUCUGAAAUCUGUAUUUAAAAAUAUUUAUUGAAAAGGCCGCGUCGAAGACUUUUUUGUUAAAAAAAAAGUCUUUGGUUUCAUCCAAUCAUUGUGUAUUAAAUAUACGAAUAAUUGCAUUCCGAAUUGAGCGAUACAAUAGUUUUAUUGAACUAUGUGUUAUAUUGCGGAAAUUCAUAUCACUGGUUUAUUUUAUUAGAAUUAUUUUGUUUAAUUCCGCUACCCUUAGUACGUGUGUGAUUAAUAACACUUUACUUGAUGGCCAGUUUUCGAGUGUUGACAGUUGUUAGUGGAAUUAAACAAAAUAAUUCUAAUCAUUUGAUUAUUUAUUGGUUAUUUAACCAGCGAUACAAUCGUAAGAAAAUAAUAAUUGAAAAGGUUUAAAAUUGAGUAUAUAUGUAUAAAUAAAAUGGUUUCUAUUCUCUUAAAUACGCAAACAUUGUCUAAAAAUGUAUAUUAGUUAAUUGUUUUGUUAGAUUUUGGCACUGCAUGUACGUCAUAAGUUAAAUUGCCUGCAGUAUAAGAAUGGUGAGGUGGGGAUGGGGGAGUAGAUUGGUGGGGGGGGGGGGGAGCGACGCAGGGUGUUAUUUAUUUAAUCUGUGUUUUGUUUGCACCUAUUUAAAUAUAGAACAUAGUAACGUAUUUGUUCGUACGCUGAAAUACGUAACUGGUGGGUUUUUAUUACGACUUUGUUUAAAGACUAGCUUUUUAAUAAAACAUACCACUUUUAGAGCAUUUGCUCGGUCGUCAGCCGGGUAGCUCGGAACGGCAAAAUUAGUUGACAUGGUCGUCAUAAUAAACGGCGACAAAUGUUUUUGCCCGCGGCGGCAAAGUUGCCAGAUCCGACACCGCUUCUAGUUUUUGUACCUGCUAAGUAUUGUGAAUAUUUUCGGAGAAUAAAAAAGAGUAGUCUAUCUAUUUCGAGCCUUUUACAAGACGUUUUACUCAUAACGUAAGCGGUGUACAGGGGGUCUACCAUGAAAUGAAAUUCCGAUUUUUCUUACUCAUUUUCUACCGAAAUCGUUUCAGUAAAUGGAGCUUAAUUAUUCAACGGAGCUUAAUGGUUCAUCAUAAAUCCUACAAUAACAGUCUAAAGGAAAGAUAUUUUAAUAUUUUUAAAUAUUGUGUAUUAUGAAUUUAAACUUGAAAUUUUUGUUUCGUUCGACCCCUAAAUUUCGAAAAACAUUUCAUGAUAGGCCCAAAGACAAAUAGAGGCUGAAUCUACGUACUGAAAUAAUCAUGUUUUUAAAAUUUUGUACAUUUUUGAACGACAUAUAUAAAUAAUCCUGGUAAGAGCCCGUCAGUUCAUUUAAAAUGUUCAGUCACGGUAAGUUAACUGAAUGGUUGUUAGUUAUUACUUAAUAUUGUAGUAGAUUAACCAGUAGCAUUUAACCCCAAUUUACCUCUUAGCGGUAUAUGAUUUGUGAUAUAAAUAUUUGGCAACGGUUAGAAUUUUCGUAUAAAAUAUGAAUAUAUCCUUGCUAAAUAUAUUUUUCCAAGUACUUAUUAGUACUUAAUAUAAGUGCACAAUGUUUAGAUAAAAAGCCUAUUUAAUAUAAAAUGUAUGUAACAAGCUUGAUGUACUAUUUAAUUUUAGUUGUACGUUUGGCUAUUGAAAUGUUCAAAGGAAAAUAGACCUUAUGGUCUAAGUGAAUUUCAAUCAAAGUGAACCUAUUGAAAUUAUGUAACCGCCAAACGCGAUAAGGUCUCUUUUCGUUUGUUACUAAAAAUACUAACACAAAUUAAUUAUAAUUGACACCUAAUUAAAUAAAAAUGAAUUUAGCGUGUAAAAUGGUUUUAUGCUGUAACAAUUAACAAGAUUUAUAUUACUUGUCAAAAUUUGAACGACACAACAUGUCACGAUAUGAAGGAAGUAAAAUCUAUGAAAAUGUAUGGAGACGUUUUCCUAAAUAUGUGUAUUAUUAUGAACUUAAAGGUUUAUGUAAUAAGGUUCUUAUUAUAAGUCAACAAAAUUUGUAAUUUCAUAUUGAGAAUAUAUUUGCGAAUUUUAAAAGAAAAAUACACCCGUAAUUAAGAUAAAUUUAUUAAAAUUUUGUCUAAUAAUUCCUUCUAUUCGUAUUAUUUAAGUCCAUAUAAUUCUUGAAUCGCAUGUUGAGAUUUGAACAUUCGAAAUAUUUUGCCCACCUCUUUUGGAGGUGAAGUAAAAAAUGGACUAAAUUAUUACGGAUAAAAUAUUAAUUCAAAAAUGUAUUUAAGAUUUGACAAGUAAUACAAAUUUUGCCCGUAUAAACCACAAAAAUUUAUCUACUAAUGGGAGUUUUGGUUUAUAUUAGGACACAAAUUGUUUUGUAGAAUUCUUAUUAAUUUUAAUACAUAUAACGAAAAUAAAUAUAUCGCGUGUGAAAUUAGUAUUAAGUUUAAGUAAUAAUUUGACUUCACUAUUAGAGAUUGAUAAUAUUUUUGUUGAACUAGGAUUGUCUAUGGUCCAACUUUGUGCUGGAGAUGCCCAUAAUGUUUUUGCCAUAAACAGAAUUGCGUGUAAAUGCUUCUAAUACUACCUCGUGUGAGAGUGUCGCCCUCUAGUGUUAAUUGUUUCUAGGUCACCUAAUGUGACUUAUGUGGCUUACCAGACGAUGGCUUUACGUGCCUUACAAAGCACGAAUAAAGUUACAAUAAUUUUUAAAUGAUAGUUAUAUGAAUUUUGAAAAAAUUUAAAUAUGUGAUUUAAUAGAUGCUAAAAUAUAUAUUUAAAAAUGUGUAUGGUUAGCAUAGUUCACUUUAUUCGGUAUCUUCAGUCGAUUUGCGAGUCAAUGAGUGAAAUGAAAUUUAUUUAAUAGUUUAUUAUACAUGAGGUUUGUUUGAAUCGAAGCAUUUGGCGUUCCAUUGUUUCUGCCUACCCUAAUAGGAGACAGGCGUGACAGAUAUGUAUGUAUGUUUAUUAUACAAAAUUAUAAUAAUUAAAAAGGGAUACUCCAUCAACUUUGUAGGCGGCACUCUUCAGUGAAUAUGUGGGAGUGCUUAUCUGAUACAUUGCAUAUGUAUUAGUACCUUCGUACAUGAUCUGUCGUAUGUAUGGAUGUAAUUGUACAGAACUCGAUAUUUAUCCUAGAAUACAUUCAAUAGAAGAUAUGAACGGAUGAAGAUGAUAUGUCAAAUAUAUGAUAGAAAGAUAUAUGUAAAAGGGUAAGGUGUUAAAAAGUGCUAUGUACGUACUAACAUAACUUACGCUCGAUUCUCAUAUAUAUCCUAUAGUAUCUAUUUAGUAUAUUUAUACCCUCUUAUUCAUAAAAUGUCUGAUGUCUUAUAAAGCUAUAUUAGUUAUUGAGCAGUUUUGUCUCUUUUUUUUUGUGCUAAAUUCUCAGUUUGAAUAAAGUGAUAAAACAGUGUAAUAGUUAGGAGGGUAGGUUUGUAGGAGCUUUUAAUUUUUAUGAAUCUUUAUUUUUGGAUAGUUUUUAAUAUGCAGAUAAAACCCCCAUCCAUGCAUAUAAUAGCGAAAGUCCAAAAAUGCCUUCAUCCAUUCAUGACUUCAAUACUGCAUUCUAUAACAAUAUGAAUACACGGCAACAUGCGAAGAGGUACUUAAGACAUGGGUUAUGAAGUAUGACGAAUAAAAACUUACAGGUCGGAAAUGUCGAAGACUAAUGCGUUUUCUGACACAUAAUUUUGUCAUGUCGUCCGUAUCAGUUAUACAUAGUUGUAUACUACAAAAUACUAGUGAUAAUUACAGUAUAUUUGGAUAAAUGUUAUGUGAUAAGUAGCUUAUUCUACAAUAGCAUUGCCUUUAUAGUGUUAUAUUGAUUGUAAACUGAAACCGAUAAUGUAAUUAUUAUUAUAAUUAAUUACUUAAAAAUAUUGUUAUUUCUACCUAUAUUAUUUGUGAAUAUGGCAACACUCCAGUCACGCAUUUCCGUCUGACUCAUAGAGUCUAGCUUUCAUGAAAUAUUAUUUAAUUUAAAUUGCAUUAUAUAAAAUAAUCUGCAAUCCAAAGUUUAAGGUCGCUAAGCAUAAUUAGACAAACAAUACUAGGUGGCGCUGGAAUCGAAACUUAAGGUUUGUGGCGAUUAAAAGUAAUAUGAAGUAAAAUUUCUAAAUUAGCGAAUGGUUUUUAUUAUAAUGUAUGAAAGUGUCUUUUCUAGAAUGAAUUAGAAACCACAGAAUCGCUAUGUUUCUUGCUAGGAUGUGUCCUUUUUACAAUGUGGUACAAUACAAGAGAAUAAUGACAAAAAUCGUUAUAAAAUAUUAAUAUAUCGUUAAAAAAUAAAUAAAUCCAUUUGCCAAUUUAGAAACGCUGCCUCAAAUUGUAUUAAAAAAUAAUCAACGAAAACCAUAAGUCUUGAUUCUAGCGCCAUCUAGUAUUUCGUGUUCAAUUUUGUUUAGUGAUCAACUACCUUAAAUCGAUAAAAUAGCAAUAGAUAUAAUAGUGGUAAAGAAAUAUUUUUUUUUUGUAUUUAAUUGUAAAAAAAAAGUAUUUUGAGUGCGUGACCGGAAGAGUGAGCUGUAUAAUUUUGUUGUAAUUUAUUAUGUCGGAAGAAAAAUCUCAAAUUUAGAAUUUAUCAAUUUUGUUUUUUAAUAUAAUAUUGUUUUCAAUAUAAGUACACUUAUAUUGAAAACAAUAUUUAAAAAUAUAUAUAUUUAUUUAUAUAUUGAUUAUUUGUAAUCAAUCGACAAUUUGUUUUUAAAUAAAAGAAAUUAAACUAAAAAUUUAUUAUACCAGUUUGCUUUGUCUUUGCCAGUGACACACAACGGCAAACUUGAAGUAAACCGUAAUUGAAACCGAUUUUAUUGUGUACUGAAUGAAUUUAAAUAUAUAAAUUAUACUAUU